AUGGAUAAAAAGAUCAAUCAAAGAAAAAAAAUCACAAACCCAGAAAUUUUCAAAAAGAUGGAUAGCAAUCUAAGUGUAAAGAUUGCAGCGACUGCGACUUCAAUUCUAUUGAGUACCUAUCUUUUAAAGAAGCUUUGGGUAUCAAAGAAAAAGGUUACCGGCGCAGAUACAGAUGUUUCUGACACCACAACAGAAGAGAAAUUUCCAAAAGAGUGGAAUGAUCUUUUAAGAUAUUGUUAUCUUGAAGAUUAUGAUUCAAUAUUUAAAUUGAUAAAUGAAGAUAGAUUGACUAAAUCGAUAUUGGAAUUCACAGAUAAUGCAAAGUGGAAUGCAUUACAUGUUGCUGUGUCGAAAGGUAAUCAUGCAAUCGUUGAUCUUCUCUUACAAACUGAUAUAGAUGUAAAUGUACAAAAUGAUAAAGGUUAUACUGCAUUACAUAUUGCAUCUUGCAAUGGAUUUCUAGAGAUUGUUAAAUCAUUGCUACUAAAAGACAAUGUUGAUUGUUUGUUAACCAGUUCAUCAUUGGAGUCAGUCGUCUACUUGGCAACUUCCAAUCAAUAUAUCGAUAUUGUAAGAUUGAUAUUUAGUUAUUUGGAUAGAUUGAGUAAGGAACAAGAAGGAGAAGAAGGAAAAGAAGGAGAGGAAGAAGAAGAUGAACUAAAGAAGAAGAAAAAGAAUAAGAAAUAUCAAUUGGUAAAUCAAUAUAAUAUACAUGGUUCAACACCAUUACAUUUGUCAGUGUUGAGAAAGAAUUUGGAAUUGAUGAGACUACUGUUGGAUAGCGGUGCGGAAGUGGAUGCCGUUAAGAAGGAUGGAAGUACUGCACUUCAUAUAGCGGCGGUCGUCGAUUUCGUAGAGGGAAUCGACUUGUUGAUGCAUUCGUCGGCUAACACCAAGCUGCUCAAUCGAUUUGGAAACACAGCGCUUCACGACGCAUGUAUAAAGUCGAAUGCCAACGCAGUGCGUGCAAUCCUGGCUUAUGACCGUUCACUCGCCAGCCUGGUGGACAACGACAAAUCGACAGCGCUACACUUGUCUUGCAAUCUGGUGACAUCGACAGUCGAUUCACAUCGUGAGGUUAUCGAGGCGUUGCUCUAUGCCGGCGCAGACGUCAAUGCUGCCGACGCCGGAAACGCCACUCCACUUCAUAUUCUCUGUUGUAACAGUGGUGAGAAAGCCAACGAAUUGAUACCGUUGCUCUUGGAAAACGGGGCAAAUCCCACACUUGAAAAUAUCUCGGGUUGGACACCUCUUCAUCAUUGUGCUAAUCUCAACAAUCUCGAAGCUCUAAAGAUGCUUAGCGAUUGGUGUGCAAAGAAUCAAUCAGAGUUUCUCGAUACUUUCGAUGUAAAUAAAAAAAAGAUAGCUAGGAGCAGAGAUGACAAUGCCGCCGAGCUGGAAGACAGGAACGCUGAAAAGGGCGAAGACCGACUAAAGAGAAUCGCACACGAUAUCGAGGUGGGUAAAAUUAAAAACAUUGUAUUCCUUACGGGUGCUGGUAUAAGUGUUAGCUCGGGAAUUCCAGCUUAUCGUACAAAGGACGGUAUUUACAAUCGUUCAAAGACAUUCCAAUUCUCGAUGGAUUCACUGCUGGACGAUCCCGACGCAUUUUACAGUGGCGUCAAAGAGUAUUUCUAUCCGGUGGUGACGGGCGAGUUCAAACCGUCGAAAGCACACGAAUUCAUUGCGCGACUCAACGAGCGUGGUCUCCUCCUGAGAAACUUCACCCAGAAUGUCGAUAAUCUCGAUGAGAAGGCUGGCAUUCCAGAGGAGAGAAUCGUACAUGCACACGGAUCAUUCCUCCACUGGUAUUGCACCGGUUGUGGUAAAGAGGAGAAGGAUUUACAAUCGGUGUGGAAAGAAAUUGGUCGUGGUGGAACACCGAUCUGUGGCAAUAGACCUUGUCGUGAGGUAUUGCGUCCGGGUGUUGUAUUCUUCGGUGAACCUCUCCCAUCUUAUUUCCAUCAGCGUGCCAUCUCUGACCUGAGAGAUGCCGAUCUCCUCAUUGUCAUGGGAUCAUCGCUACAGGUCUAUCCAUUCGGUGGAUUGCCAAACGACAUUGAUCCAAAGAGACCGAGAAUUCUCAUUAAUUCAGAGGCUGUAGGACCAUUCCGAGGUAAACAAGAGGAAGUAGAGAUACUCUUAUCCUAG